UGGAACAUUCGACUUUACAAUUUUAACUGAUUUAAGCAAUUAUUGCUGAUGACUGGAGAAAUGGGGAAACACUCCUUAUGUCCAGCCCUUUAUGCACUCAGAUCACAACCCGACCUCUGUAAUUCUUGCUCACCUGUUCAAAUCCUCCUCUAUUCUUGCCACCCAGAUACCUUUCUCCUCCCAACUCCACAUAUUUUCCUUGUUAGAUCCAGCAGACUGCUGUCCACUCCUCCCAGCCCCUGCCUCUACCUCUCAACCGUCUUCUUUAACACCCCCCAAGCUUCCUCUUUUUCUCGCUGCAAUCUUCUCGGCCGUCAUCUUCCCAGUCGCCAUCUUCCCAGCGGCCAUCUUCCCAAUCAGCAGUAUCCACUUCUUUUCCUACACUGUCCUCUCCUCAGGACAACUCUAGCAUUGCCUGUACUCAUUACUCAUUCUCCUUCCUCACUGCCUUCUCCUGAAGCCUGUAAACCCAUCCCACCACCUUACGCCCCUAUCUAUCCUCCACUGCCUAUCAACUUAACCCUCCUUCCCCCUUCAAACCCUCAGCAGGAACCACUUCCAGGUUCUUCCUUCUCUCCCACCCAUACUUGCUCAGGCGCCAUCUUUGGCCCAUGCCCCACCCUUACUUCAGCCCCUGUGCUAGAGUGCCCUCUUCAGAAAGUAGCAGGAACUGGAGGGGCCCUGCAGGCCCAUGGGGCCACAGCUCCACACAGAAGCCUCCUAGCAAUCCACCUCCACCUGGCGCCUGCUUCAAGUGUGGCAAUGAAGGCCACUGGCCCACACAAUGCCCAAACCCAGAUCUCAUCAGCCUUGCCGCUGAAGACUGAUGGUGCCUUGGAACAGAUACCCCAGCAACUACCAUCGCUUCAUUGGAGCCAAGGGUAACCCUGAUGGUGGCAGGUAGGCCAGUAUGUUUUUAAAAUUAAUACCGGGGCAACCUAUUCUGCUUUCCCUAAUUUUUCAGGACCCACCCAGUCCUCCCAAGUCUCUAUCGUGGGAACUGACGAACAAGCCUCCAAACCCUGAGCUCCCCUCCUCCACUUUUAU